UGAACGAGCAAUGCUUUUGAUACGUGUGUGGCGUGUGCGAUGGACGAAGAAAAUAUUGAAAUAUUUACUGCUCACUGUCAUCUCUCUUUUGUCCUACAUUUUUUUGAUUUUUUUAAUAAAAUCUAUUUUUCAAGGCCCCCCUGCUCUUAAACUAGAUUAUGACAACAAUUCACCGAUAAAUUUUGACAAAAUAUUAGAAUCGCAUCCCAACUUUCCUAUCGACCACUCGAAGGGAGGAAAUGCAAAGUAUAGCGCCACUUGCGCACGAUACGCCACACCGUUCGACAUAAAGCACAAUAACGUUUACUGGCAGGUGCAGAGGUUAAGUCAAGAGACCUACUACCUUUACGGCGCUUACUACGACAGUCGGCCCAAAGUCGGGCCGGCAGUCAGGAUUCUGGGGGUCCGAGAAAAGGCCGGACUCAACUACUCCACCGAGAUUUAUUGUCAAUUGUGGUUUUCGUAUGGCCAAAAUCCAAUCAUUGCCAAGGUGGACUACAUCCAAUACCUAUUCCGCGAUGAGUGGGGCUUUUAUCAUGAAGAGCAUAAACCUUACAUGCUGAGUUGCAUGGUUCCCCCAGACUUUCAAGGCUCAGUCCCCGACUCAGUAUCCUUGGUGGAAAGUCCGUGUGAAAACGCGACAAACAACCUGCGCGUGAUCGACAACCGAGCAAAGGGCGAAAAAGAGGACUUUGUCGUCUGUGUAAAGUGUCUCAAUUUCAAGCACAGGCCCGAUAUUGCCGUCAGGCUCGUCGAGUGGAUUGAACUUUUGAAGAUUCUCGGUGCAAAUAAAAUUGUUUUUUACUCUCUACAGGUAAACUCAGACAUCUCCAAAGUGUUGAGGCACUACCAGGAAACGUGGAACGUUGAAGUAGUUCAAACGUCUUUACCAGGGACUCUGCCCAACGUUCCGGACUUCAUGUACGCCUAUCUCUCGAAUAAUAUCGGAAAACAGUGUUUCCAGGAUUUAAUCGACUACAACGACUGUUUCUACAAGAAUUUCAACCUUUAUAAUUUUGCUGUGCUGAUCGACAUUGACGAAGUAAUUAUGCCAGUUGGAUCGAUAAGAACGUGGAAGGAUUUGUUGGCGAAAGUUCCGCUCCUGAAAAAACACAAGCCAAGUGACGCGCAUGGUUACUCGUUAAACAACGUCUACUUUAUGGACGACAAAGAGCGGUUCCAGGACUGGAACGACGACAUCCCACGCUACAUGCAUAUGCUGCAGCACGUGCAUCGGAUGGCCUACCACAGUCCAAUCGCAUUCCGCGCAAAGUCGUUCCACGCGACGCGGCACAACCUAGCGUUGCACAACCAUUUUGGUCGAGCGUGCAUCUCUCCAGAGGGAAAACCGUUGGCCUGGUGCCGGGGGAUUAAUAUCCCCGUCGAGCUAGGCUACCUGCACCACUACUGUGUCAAGAAGGAAAAGUUAGAAUGCAAGUUUGGUAGAGGACCCAAUUCGACCGUAGAUGAGAACAUUUGGAAAUACAAAGACGAGUUAAUUCCUGCCACAAAACAAGUGUUAAAAAGUGUAGGGAUAUUGUAAUAUGCUUUUUUGCUGACUGCCAAAAUACUCAGAUGUAAAAAUAAAAUAAGAGCAAUUAUCAAAUUUAGUAAAGCAAUUAAAAGAUUUCACGUU